CAGACAUAAAAGAUGAGUAUCUGGCUGAUGGUGAUCUGGUUAUCUCUCACUGUGGGAACAGCGAAAGAGCUGUUCAUUGUAACACAGUGGCCGACAGUGGCUGAGGUGAUGGUCGGAGAGGACGUCAUUUUAAAGUGCAACAUUGUGGAGUUGUACUCUGCAUGUUCCACGAUAGCUUGGCUGAGAGUCAUUCCUGAGAAUGCAACAAUCAGCCUCACUGACAGACUUCAAAUCGAUCCUCAUCACUCGUCCAACCACUGGACCAGUAUUUGUUCUGCUGUUAUCACCAAUUCAACGGUGCAUGACUCCGGUAUGUACUAUUGUGCAGCUGUGCAAAGCCGCUUUGCUCACAUUGGCAAUGGAUCCAGGGUUAUUGUGAAAGAACACACUGUGUUUCCUGUUAUUGAUAUUUUUACACCACUGAUCCCAAACGGUUCUUUAGUCCCUCUUCAUUGUGUUGUGACUGGGGUCGAGGCUUCUCAGGUUCAAUUGUCCUGGGCUGUAGAGGGGAGAAAAGAGAAAGGACAGAGAGUUUUGACACAUGGGAAUGAUGGUGCCAUCCAGAUCACCAGGAACCAAAUCCUGAUUACUGCUGAGGAGUGGGACAGGAUGGUGGAGUGCAUGUGUGUGGUGGAGUUUGGAGGACAGCUCUAUACCAAGACCCUUCAGCGACAUGAUGCAUCAAAUGUGUGCUAUGCUGUAAAAUACAUAUAUCUGUCUCUAUGUUUAAUUUUUGGUGUCCUGCUUCUGAUAACAGUGACUUUUUAUAAACUGGGACGAAAAACUUUUGUGAUGAUGUGUCUAAGCAAAAACAUAUAGCUUCGAAGAGUUUCAGUUUAUCUAUAUUUUGCUUUGACAAAUUUUUAUUCUUCAAACUUAUUUUGGUGUUUGGCAUUGCUGUACAUCAGAUGAAAGAUAUCAAUAGUUACUAAUAUUUUAAAAAUAUUGGCAUCUAUUUGCAGGAAACAUGUUUCAUGAGUUAUUGUGAUCUUUUUAUUUCAGAUUUUUAUUGAUGUUUGCAGAACUUUUUAAAUAGUAUGUGUUAUUUUGUGAAAGUUAAUUAAAAAGGAUAAAUUCAGACUUUCAUGCAAUCUGUGCUGAACUUUGUUUAUUCCACUGCAUAUUUUUUUUUAAAUAUAUAAGUAUUUUAAAAUAUAUAUAGGCCUAUAGUAUGCCUUUUAACCCUUUCUCUAAAACUUUAUCGAAAAGUCACCAUUAGCCCUCUUUUUGAUGGAUAAUAUAUAUACAAAUGUAUUGAUUGACCCAUUUUUUUCUUGAAAUCAAAUGAAUUUUUACCAAUAAUCUCAAAUCAGAAAAAAUAAAAUAUCAUAUAUUAUGGUAUUUGUUGUUACCUAUAGCCUAUAAAGUGUCAGUCAUGUGAACCUGAAUGGCAAGUGUAAUUAUAAGGGACAAAGAACCAGCUAUUAAGAGAUAUUAUGCCUUAUGUGACUUCGGUUAUGUGUGGCAUGCAGGGUCACAGACAGGAAGUGAUUUUUUUUUUCUUUUCUUCAGUGUUGUUGUUUCUCUGUGUCCUCUUUAUCGUGUGGUUUCAUGCACCACACGAGCAAAAUGGUGAUGUGGACCUCAUCUCAUAUUGGUUAAUGUCCACACUUUGCUUUGUCAGUGGAAAAAUAUCAAUCUCAAAAGUAUGCCAGUGAAACCUCAGAGAUGCAUAAUUCCAACCCUGAAGUCUUUGGUGGAAGAGCAGAAUUGCUGACUUUGUUGAAAUUAAAUAGGACGUGCCACAUAGUUUUAGAUUGUAUUCAUGUGUUUUUUAGUUAUCUUAAUAUGUUAAAUAGAUGACAGUUUUCAUGUUAUGCAUCAAGAGUGCAACAGAGAUUGCAUGAUUUUACCGCUUUACUUACCCACCCAUGCAGAAUUCAUGCAGUUCUCAUGUGAAAUUCUUUCAGGUUUAAAAUAUGCCUUGAAAAACCAUGAUAUCCACUUAUUACAUUACUUAUUUAAACAAUAUCGCACAAGCAAGAGUGCUGUCAUUCCGUAUGUAUGUACGAGGCCACAGGUUCACAGCUGUGCUGAUAUUUAGACUAGCAUGAUUUUGAUCCACUAAUGAAAACAGUAACAAAAGGUCCUGUGGCUGUCCCAUGGUAAUAUUUUGUCACAUGUGUAUAAAUGGAAAACCUUCCUAACAGCAGAAAAAUCACAGUUGGCAGAUAAUGAAUGGUGUACAAAGCUGGCAUACAUGACGGACAUCUUUGCACACCUCAAUGAACUGAACAUGAAUGGAAAGAAAAAUGAGAAUUUGCUAAAUAGCACAGAUAAAUUGCAUGGAUUCAGAGCAAAGCUUGCAUUUUGGCAACAACAUGUGGAAAGAGGCACUCUUGAAAAGUUUCCUCAUGCCCAAACUGGACAUUCAGACAGCACUGCAGCAUUUUGUGAGGUCAUUAUAUCAUCUAAAAGGUCUUGAAAAAAAAAAAAUCUUUUAUUUC